UAUAUGAAUAAAAAUGGGGUCUAGUUUUCUCUGCGAUGUUAACGCAGUUUAUAAUUAUACCGUACCCUUGUAUCAAUCGAUACACAAGUUUAAUGUUUUUACUUUUAAAUCAUUUACUCGUCGUUAUUACGUCGACCUUGAAUAAACCCAAGCCAAGGUCGUCGAUACACUUCAGCUCUCAUACGAAAUGAAACCAGCCCUACUACAGAGAGAGCCUCCUAUUGUAUUACUUACGACAAUAAUAAGUUCGGGUUGACUGGUUAUGCCUAAAAAACUUUAUGUAGAAGAGAGGGGGAAGUACAUGCUGGGUCAAUAACCUGAGUCAACGCGUGAACCAAUUUGAAAUAACUCCCCAUCAUGACAUGACGGACGCUCUCAGCGCAACGUUCGCUGUACGAUCAAGGACAAAGGAUAAUAUAGUGUGUAUAAUUGCUACUACAUGAAGCAUAAUAGUGUUUGCUAGGGCUCAUUACACGUAUUUUUUAUUCCGGCAUUGUUCUGUUAUUGAUUUUAAAAUAUCUACCAGGUGUAACUUAGUCAACUCCAUGAAUAUAUUGUAAUUGUACAACCGAGAUUGCUAAAACAGAUUUGUCAUGCUAAUAGCAUUAUUUUAUAGUACUCACCAACCUAUUCUGUUCUGUAAUUAUUUUUGCCUCGCAGUGAAUGUUUGUGCAGAGAUAAGAAUCGAGUCCUGCGUGACUAAUGUCACAGCUAUUUAUAUUUGUAUUGAGAGUAACGAGUGGGAUAAUGAACGAUAAAGUCAACGAUGCGCUAGGAAUUCGGUCCACUGCUAAUGAUCAAUGUGAACAAUAACCAUAUGCGGCUUGUUCAACUCUCAGUUUCAUUUUAACCGUCGCGAUACUUGUGUGGUUCUUGGCUACUGUAUAAGAGUGCGUUACAUUACUAAACAGUUAAAAAUAAACAUCAAAAUACAACACUACUGGCCGUCAGCAAGCAUGGGUGCUAAGCAAAGUAAGCGCUCCGUUGAUAUAAGCGGCAAAGAAGCGGAGGGUGCGGGCGAGGUUGCCGUGGCGGGCGCCGGCGGCGAGGGCCGCGUGGAGCAGCUCGCGGACAUGGACGCGCUCAAACCACAGCUCAAUGGCGAUGCGCACAUACACGAACAAUCGGAAAAACAAAAAGAUCUGGACAGUGGCACCCCCGAAAACGAAAAGGAUGCCACUACAGAGAAAGAAACCAAACAGCCAGAGGAGGAAAAAGAAGCUGCGCCCUUAACAAACGGAGAAAGUGAGCCAAAAGUGGAAAACGGUGACUCCACGCCGACACCCGAGGACGGGAAGAAACCCAAAAAGGAAAAGGUCAAGAAGAAAUGGUCGCUUAGAUCGAUCAGUUUCAGCAGAAAGGAUAAGCCCAAACAAGAGAAAAAGCAAAAAGAUGAAGAACCUAAAACAAAUGGAGAACCAGAAAAAGUGCCAGAGGAGACGGCCGAAGUCGCUCCGGAAACCGCUGUUAACGAAACCGCUGAAGAAGUGAAGACUGAAAGCGAAGUUAAAGAUGAGAAAACCCCCGAAACCCCUGUAACGGAACCUAUCACGAAUGGCAGCUCUGCGCCCGAGACACCUAAGGAGGAAAGCCCCAUAGUCGAAGAACCCACUGCACCUAGCUCUGACCCUGACAGGUCCGAGCCUCAAGCUGAAACCCAACCCGAGCAGUUACCAGUCAAUGGGCUUUCUCUAGAGGAGCCUGAAAAAGAAACUCCUUCAGAAGUUGAAAAAAAUGAAGAGAGCAAAGAAGAAACCACCGCCGAAACGACCGAAAUUGUACCUGAAAUUUCCGUCAAAAAAGAGGAACCCCUCGCCGUCAGCGACAAACUGGCGGAACUGAUCCCUGAGGUCCCAGAUGUGCCAGAACUCAAAACAGAAACGUUGCAGGAGACAACGAGUGAUGUGGCGGUGGCCAACUAAGCACCACAGGAGAGCGGAACCCAUCGUCCACGACACGCUUGUGUCUAAAAUGAGCCUUUAAUUUAUUUCAAUUUAGUACUGUGGUGUAUUGUCGAACUAAGUUCGAUCAAUAAUUUACAUUGUCAAUAAUGUGGUUUUAGUUCAGACGUGACGUUUCAUAUAGAAUGAUUAUACUAUAAGUUUAGCGUGCUUUGCUUCUAUAAAAUUAAGAUUUUAUACAUUUUAUUCGCUAGAAUCGAGUUUUUUAUAAUUAUAUUACAUUAACAAAGUUAUAUAGACAGUAUACGGUGCGAUAAGUUGGUGCCAUUAUUACAGGGGUAUUAGUUUGACGUUGUCGCGUGUCGCUCCUUCUUAAAUUAGCUCUCCCAAGUCGCUAUUAUAUUCCAAUAACAAAUUAUUGAGCAAGAUAAUUUGAACAUUGUAAACAUUUAUGUAUUCGAAACCAGAGUACAGCAGUAUCUUAUUAUGUUCACGCUGUGCGUCAUAUUGAAUAGAACAUUUUAUUCAGGUCGACCCCAAGGAUUGUAGCAGUAGUAUGUAAAGGCUUUUCCUACAAUGAAGUCUUAAAAUAUAGAUUUGUUCACACUUGUGACCUAUCGCAGUGUAGUGUACCUUAAAACGAAAACAAUUUAAAACAUAAUUGUGUCCUUAAAUUAGAUUCUUCGAAAAUGAAAUAGUAGUUUUUAUAUGAAUUACACACUGAAGAUGUAUUGUGUUAUUCUUCUGAUUUAAAAAAAAAUGUAGACGGUAUGCAUUGUUUACAGCAGUGUGCCAUCAAGUGUAAACACACAUGGAAUCUUUUCAAUCUUAUUGAAUACGAUAUGCAGACCCGUUAAUGAUGAUAAUGUUGUCAUCAGUUGUAGUAAAUAUAAUUCGAACAUUAUUAUGUAUAUAUGAACACAUAUAUCAUUUACUCGUAUAACAUACCUAUCUAACCUGUUAAUUGUCGAAUUAAAGUUUGAAAUUACUUUGUAAAUUGUUAAGCAUGAGGGAUUAUGAUAUUCUUUAUUAUCUCAUUAGUGUAUUUUAUAUUCACUGUGUUUAAAUUUUAGUUUAUUUUUAAGUUGUAUAAAUUUAGUAUGUCAGCAGCUCUCUCUGUAAGGCAAGCUCAUGAAAUUUAAAUUCCAGUAAGAGUCGGAAAGUUGCUCCUAUGUCUAGUGAGAUAUGCAGUAAGGUCAAAAUGUUUAGACUUUCUUCGUAAAAGUAGUGUGUGAUUGUUGAAUCUAAAUUUGGUGGAUGAGGAUGGAUAAUCUAUUAUUAUUAUAAAAAAAUGAUAUUCAGUGGCCAAUUUUGUGAUUACUAUACAAUUUGUAAACUUAUACAGACAUGAUUAUAUUAUACUAUUUAGAAUUGUAGCAUGUGUAACGAGUUAGUAAAAGCAGCAUGGUUAUUAUCAGCUGCCAUUAGUGUAUUGUUUUCCACCUCAUUCAUAAAAUACAAUUAGAUGUCUUAUAAGGUUUGAUAUUUCUAUACAAUAUAAAUCCGUGUCCAAAUAA